AUGGAACCCAGGGCGGCUCUCCUAGGACUGUCCCGAAGACCUAGCGGCAACAACGGAGCCGCCAGCAGCAGUGGACCCGGUGCCGGCGUGCAGACCUCCAUGGUAUCGGGGCUCGGAUACAAAAACGCUUACCACAGUCUCAGAUACCCCCUGUACAUGAUGCAGCUGUACCGCUCUUUCAAGACCGGAGACAGCACCAGGGCAACGGCCGCAGCAACCGCCAGCAACAUUGAGGAGAACCCGCUGCUGCACGAAGCAGAUUCCGUCCUGAGCUUGAUUGCAAAAAGUUGCAGUCAAAUAGGCGACAAAUGGACCGUCACUUUCGACAUGUCUUCCAUCUCGGCCAACGAGGACGUCCAGCUGUCCGAAUUACGGGUCAGGAUCCCUCAUUUCUCAGCUUCCGGCAAGGUGUCUGUGGAGAUCUACCACUCCCACGAUCGCAAGUGCGCUGGGGAGGAGGACAGAACCUGCCAGGACCGCCUCUUCCUCGGCAGCUUCGGCGCCUCGCCCACCGAUACCGACUCCGCCUGGAAGGUCUUCAACGUGACGGCCAUGCUGAAGUACUGGCUGCACCAAGGGGCGAGCUUCCCUAACGGCGCCAAGGCCCCGGUUAGGGGUGAGUCCCACCUCGGCGAGCCCGACCAGGGGGACGCCGCUGCCCCGGAGCACAGGCACAGGCUGCGGCACCAGGGAAGCCGGGGAAAGGUGCACCACAACACGGUGGACAGAGUCAUGAUGGUGGUCUUCUCCAAGCAGAACGAGUCCAGCCUCGCCGCGGGAGCUCCGACCCUCAUUCGCGCAGUGGAGCACUCCAAGUAUGUGGUGAUGGAUAAGGGCGUGGUGGGAGACAGCGGGCGCAGGCACAAGAGGAACCGCAAGGACCGGGAAAGAGUGAAGCUGGCGGGCAGCAUCGGAGACGGGGUCGCCGCCCCGGCUGAAGGGAACUUCAAACCCCUCUGCAGGAAGGUGGACAUGUGGGUAGAUUUCGAGCAGAUAGGCUGGAACGACUGGAUCGUCUACCCCAAGAGGUACAACGCGUUCAGGUGCGAGGGGGACUGUCCCAGCCCGGUGGACGAGUCCUUUCAGCCCACAAACCACGCAUACAUGCAGAGUUUGCUGAAGUUGUACCAGCCAAGUCGAGCACCCUGCCCGUCGUGCGUCCCGACCAAGCUCAGCCCGCAGUCCAUGCUGUACUACGAGAACGGAGAGGUCGUUCUCCGUCACCACGAAGACAUGAUAGUGGAAGAAUGUGGAUGCCAUUAACCGGAGCACAGUCGCCCCCCAGAAGAAAACAAUACUAAACACUUAGAAGAAAAGAAGCACGGGGCUAAAAAAGACCCCUUUUAUUAAUUAUAAGAACAUUACACUAAGGUUGCCUCAAAUGAACUCCAAGUGACCUGUUAUAUUAUACUCGCGGUAUAAUAUUUAAACGCAGGGACUUUCCUACUUAUUUCACGGGAUCAACAGCCUUAUGUUUUGUGAUAAUAUAGGACUUCUUAAAAAAAGAUGAUUAUUAUGUGUGUAAAUUAGUUUUAUUAAC